UAAGUUUAGGUUUGAAUCUCACGCUUAAGAAGUGAAUUGAAUCCAAGCGGUGAUCGUAUUAUCAUUAACACCGAAACAAUGGUUAAAACACGACAAAAACGUCACAAUUGGAAAGCGAGACAAUCAGACAACGAGUCCGUCGACAAGAAGGCAACGGAUUCGCCAAAGAAGACAUCGAUGACCGAUAAGAUAGACCUCGAGAUCGACGAAACGAAAUACGAUUCUUGCAAUCAAUUAGUUUUGGAGACAUCGAAGAAGGCGUCGAAACCGAAGACAAACAAAACCAAUCAAAAUGUGAAUAAAACGAGAGUUUUGUCGAAAAAGCAAAAGAAAAAGUUAGAGAAAGUAUUGCAACGAAAGAGUAGGAAAAUCAAUAGAGCCAAACUAUUGAGUGAUUUACAAGAAGUGAGAGUUGGAGACAAGGAAAUCGCUUUAAUGUCGUCCACGAGUGAUGUCCAGACUUGUGGUCGUAAAAGUAGUUCCGAAAGUGAUGACAGCAGUGAUGAAGAAAUUCAUACCUCUGUUGACAAUAAAUGUGACGAUAAGUUGAACGAUAAGACAGACACCAAACCAAUUGACGAUAAUAUUAGAACUGAAAGUCAAACAGAAGUG